AUGGAGGCCAAGAACUGCAAGAGUGCCGCAAAGAUGCAAGUUCAGGGCCAAGCGGGCAAAACCACACAACUGUUGGAUCCCAAGACCGGACACGAGUGUGUCGAGUCAUUUGAUAGCAAAGACCAUUUCAGGCGACUUGAAACUCUGGAAUCGGGCCCCAGUGCGGAUACUGAGGAGACAUGGGCACAUUUGAAGCACCUUGAGGAUCUUGAAGCUGGUCCUAAGAAGCGUGAGCGCAAUGAUUCUAAGGACGAAGAAGAAUCUUUUGUCCAACACGCUCAGGUCGCCAGAAACAAGACUAGCCUACUGGACAAGAAUACAGCCUCCGGACGCGCUCAUUAUGAAUGGGCAGUUCGAACCGGAGUGUGGGAAGACUGGGUUGACGAGGCUGAUUGGCAUGAGAGUAAUGCUGGACUUUCCAGCAACAAGAAGUAG